UUGUAUUCUACGUUUCAGUUUUCCUUUUUUUUUCGGUGUUCGGAAUUUUCGCCGACUUACUUUUAUUUCUGUAAUAGGUAUCUUCUUUAGAGACGACGAGCUUUUCAAGACUUGCUUCGCUUUCUUCAACCUGCAUUGGUUUCGUUUCUACCUGACUUGGCAAUUUUGCAGAUAAGAUGGGAUGGUAACGCAAAAGAAUUCAUUGACACCUGAUAGAAGAAAACCUAAUGAAUAAUUAGAGGACAUGGGAUUUUGUUCCAAGUCAGAAAGGAGUUCAAAUCUAUAGCAAAGAACAAAGACAGGGAAGGAGAAAGCUAACUUGCCACAUGCAGAACUAAGGUUAAAGAAUCAAGGCAAGUCCAAUGUAAAAAAUGGUAUUACUUUUCCGUAUGGGGUUCUGCCGGGUGAAUUAGGGAACAAACAGAUUCGAAGCGCCUUGGUUGAAACAAAACCUCCUCUCAAGAGCAAGUCAACAAAAGAAGAUGAGCUUGUUAGGUACAUGUCAAACUUGCCGGGUUACCUACAGCGAGUAGACAGUUCAGAUAACCCUCAAGAGAAGGCAUUGAAUGUUGGAGUUCUGGAUUGGGCACGUCUAGAAAAAUGGAAGCACCACCGAAAGCAUAUACCAACAAAGACUGGCAAUGAUGAAUCAUCCACAAUUGCUAUUUUAUCAUCGAAAACAAAUACCAAGUCGUCUGCCUUUUCUAAUGUUGUACCCAAGGUUGCCUCUGCCUAUAUAGGUAAGCAACACUUCUCAACUUGUUCAAGUCUUGCCCCAUCUCAAAAGGAUGGCAUUCCUCGAGGUGCAAAACCAUCUAUUCCAAAAGUUAGACACUACCAAGAUAUUGAAACUGCUUCCAAGAGCACCUUGGAUCAGCAGACGAAGACACCCAAGACGUAUAAAUCCUUCAACAAAAUUAAUUCAGAUGCAAUUCUUGAGGGGAAGAGAAAAGAAUCAGAUCAGAAAAUCACUUCAGAAAUGGGAAAUAUGCCUUCAAACAUGAGAAAUCGUGGAGUCUCACCUCUGCCAAAGGAAACUGCAUGUGUUUGUGAUGAUGGCGCAAGAAACAGGGUAGAGCAACGGAGGGAAACUGAUAUAAAUAAGGACUUGGAUGAUAAAGGUACUUCAGAUAUGGAGGCUUCCUCAUCCAAAUCAAGAAACCAUGCAGUUUCACCGGGUUCCAGCAAAAUGCUCAGUGCUGAAAGCCACAAACCUAAGAACAAAGAGAUCGAUAAAUCGGAACUUGAUCUUAAUGAUGAAUGUCUUCCUGGUGAGGACAAGAACGUUCUUCUUCCAAGUACUACCCGAAACAACCUUUUUGAAGAAUCCCGAGAUAGGAAUUUGAAUGUAGCAAAAUGGAAUUCUCUUCCUAUGACCUGCUUCAGAAGGAUCAUUUUCGGGAAUUAUGUUCUGAAGUUCCACGUUCUUGUACAUUUCCUUCUGGAGUUGAGAUGAAUCCUGAAACUGACAUGAUGACACGGGGUCUGGAGCCUUCGUCUAAUGCAUCAAGUGGGUCUGUGUUGUCAGAUAACACAGUAAAUAUAAGGUCUCAGGGCAUGUAUUCAGCAGAUAAAAAGACCAAGUCUUAAGAUGCUGAUUUUGAAACUUUGAAGAAACUAGAGGAAGAAAUGGCUGAGAUGGCAACCGAAAGAAGAAGAACUAAUUCACCAACCCGCCGUUUUAGUUUCAGCUUAAGUCGUAUUACUAGAAGUUUCAGUUUUAAGGAAAGUUCUGCAGUCCCACAAUUGAGCUCCGAUUAUGUUUCCGUGAGGUCUGGUCCAGUAAGGCCAGAAUCUUCUGGUUUUCCGGAUGAUGCAAACAUAGAGAAGCUGAAUGGCCAUCAUAGAACUAGAUCCAGCCCCUUUAGAAGGGUUCUGGAUCCGCUACUGAAGUACAAGGGCUUAAAUUCCUUCCAAUCCAUUGACACUGUUCAGCGAUCAAAAGGAAGCUCGAACUCCUCUGCUCAACGUCCACUUAAUACAAAUGAAUCCUUUCAGGAAGAAAAGUUGGGGCCAUCAACGAUUAAAGCUCUUCUAGAGGUUGCAAUGAAGAAUGGACUCCCACUGUUCAGAUUUGUUGUCACCAAUGGCAGCAACAUGCUGGCAACUACUGUGAAAAGUCCAGCAUCAUCUAGCAAGGUGAGAUCGGAUGAGAAAUGUGUAUUCUCUUCAGUUAGAGAAAUUAAGAAGAAGAGUGACAGCUGGAUAAGUAAAGGAAACAAGGAAAAAAAUUGUGGUUACAUCUAUAAUAUCAUUGGACAAAUGAAGAUUUCCUACUCAUAUUUCAGACGUGACUGCAGAGAACUCUUGCAAUUAUCUGGUAAGAGAGUCUGUUUUGUUCUGUGUGGAGCAAAGACAAGCAGAUCAAGCAUUGGCGAAGUUUACACCAAGUACGGAACUUGCUGCUGUUGUCAUCAAAAUACCUGGUGAAAGCAAUUUACAGCAGACUGAUAAAGAAGUAGAGAAGACUGGCUCUACAGAAUCUUUGGCUACAGAUGGAUGCACAUGCAACUUUAUGGAAAGUCCAAGCUUCAGUAGUACUACUGUCAUACUUCCUGGUGGAGUCCACGGCUUGCCAAACAAAGGAAUGCAUUCCCCGUUGAUUGACCGAUGGAGAUACGGUGGAUUAUGCGACUGUGGAGGUUGGGACAUUGGUUGCAAAUUACAUAUUCUCUCCAACCAGAACAGGAGAUGCUGUAAGAAUUCAAGGAUGCAUCAAGCAUGCCUGGACCGUCUUGAACUUUAUCCACAGGGGAAAACACAUAAGAACAUGCCUAUGUUCAGCUUGGUUCCACAUAAAAAAGGAAUCUAUGCAAUCGAGUUUAGUUCAUCCAUCACUGCAUUGCAAGCGUUCUUUAUCUCCGUAACAGUUAUAAGUUGUCAGAAACAAUCCUCUGAUUCACCGGAAUUCAGUAACCUGCCCGAAGGAAAAGUAAUAAAGGAGAAAAUGUUGGAUGGCAGCUUUGGGGUAGACAACAAACCAACCAUUGCCCUUGGAACCUUGCCUGCAAAAUAUGCUCCGAACCCACCACAUUCCCCCGUUGGGAGGGUAUAGUUAAUAGUUUCGAGCACAGGCCUUCUUCACUUUUCAAGUAUAUAAAAAAGUCUCAACGGCACUAAAAUUUGGGGUUAAUCACCACACACAUACAGGGAAUUGGAUUUGAGGUAUAGGCUUGUUCGACAUGGUUAAUCAUCGUGAUUUUGUAAGAAUCGCACAUUACCAAAUAGACCACUUGUAGAAAGAAAUAAUAAUG